AGCCUCAGGGCAGGGGAUGCUGCGCCGAACGGAACCGAACGGAACCGAGCUGAGCCGAGCCCAGCCGAGCCCGGCCGAAGCCAGCCGAGCCGAGCGGGGCCGCGCCGAGCGGGCCCGAGCCGAUGCUGCCGUGUGCGCGUCCCCACGGAUGCACAAGCCCGUUCUCCACGGUAUGUCGGUGUCUCUUAAGCUGCCAGGACUCAGCAGCUCCGUGGGAUGAGGUUUGUAAAAAGCGUCCUGGUUGAUGGUCUUGAUCUGCAGCUCCGUGAGGUGAAUUCCACUAACCUUGGUUCCAAGGACUGGCAAGGCAUUUGCUUUUGAACUAACACCACAUUAAUGCGCUAAGGUGGAACCCGGUACAAAAUUGGUGCUUUUGGAAAUCAUCAGAGGAGAACCCUCAGGGAAGCAGCCUCUCCUGGGCCCACAUCACUUCUCCAGCAUCACCAAAGGCACUGGAUUUGCCAAGCCUCAACUUCUUUUUGCCACCUGAGCCCUGGAAGAUCUUAGAGGAGAUCCUCAGGGUCCCAGGUUCUGCCUGGAUCUGCUGUGGUGGGUGAAAGGGGGAGCAGCAGCACGGAGGAGCAGGUGAGCCUGGCAGGGCUGCCUGCAGCUUUGGACAGCACCCUCAUGGUCCCCAGGAGUGGCCCCCAGCAUGCAGCUGGCACCUCCUACAGAUACAAACUGCAGUGCCUGUGGGCCCAGGUGAGGCAGAUCGCCAGGGAGAGGGACACGGCGAGGCUCAGCCUGGAGAAGGCAGAGAGGCACUGCCUGCAGCUGGGCAGGGAGCUGGAUGAGCAGCACAUGGCUCUCGAGCACACCCAGAGCCAGCUCAGGAAUUUUCAGGCAGAAAUAGAGGUGAAAGAUCUCCUUUUGCAGCAGGCAGUGAGUCACCAGGCGAAGCUGGAAGCUGAUACACAGCUCCUGCAGGGCAAAGAGGCCAACCUGCAAGGGAGACUGAACCACGUGAUGAACGAGAACACACAGCUACAAAACAAGGUCACAGAGAUGGCUGAGAAACUGUCAGCCUCUGAGGAAAUGGUGUUGGAGCUGCAGAAAGAGCUCAACCACAUUGUGAAGGAUAAGCUGGAGCAGGGGCAGUCCCACAGCCCGGAGUUCCUGAAGCAGAGCGAGCGCUUUGCCGAGAUCGUGCUGGAGUACGAGCGGCAGUGCCAGGUGCUGCACGGCCAGAACGGAGCGCUGCGCAGGGAGCUGCAGCGGCUGCGCCUGCAGCUGCAGGGGAGCAGGGCUGGGCCAGGGCUGCCAGCAGCAGAAAUGUCACCCCCAGUGGAGCAGCUCCAAGAGCAGCUGCAGGACCUGAAGGUGCAGCUGGAAACGGAGAGUGAGAAGGACAAGGAGGAGCUGUCUCACCCGGAUGUCAGGAGGCACCAGCUGGGCUGUGAGUCCCCUGAGCACAAGGCUGGUCACGGCCAUGGCCCUGGCACUGCCCAGCUGCAGAGCCAGAGGCUUCUGGAGCCCGAGUGGCCACGAGGAGCAGAGACUGCUGCAAGGCUGGAGCAGCACCAGAGGCAUGCAGCCUGCUGGCUGGAGAUGGAGCUGCUCCAGCAGCAGCUGCAGGCCUCGCAGGAAAAGCUUUUGGAAGCCAAAGCAAACCUGAGCCUGGCCCAGGCCCAGCACACUCUGCAGCUGCAGCAGGCCAAGGCCCAGAUGAACAACAUGGUGCCAAAGAAGCACUUUGAGCAGCUGCAGAACACCUUGAGUGAGGAACAGUGCAAGACUCAGCAGCUCCAGGAAAGGCUCAGGCAGCAGGCUGAGCAAAUGUGCAGGCAGCUGCUCAGGACCCAGGAGGAGCACGAGCAGCUGCUGCAGGCAGCCGUGGAGCAGGCAGAGGGGCUGGAACAGAGUCUGAGGAAUGCUGAAGCUGUGCUGGCAGAGAGGGCAGCUCAGCUCGGAGACGCCCAGGCCCAACUCUCCAGGAACAAACUGUUGAUUGAAGAGCUCCGUGGAGAGAACAGGAGGUUGGCAAUGGCCCUGCAGGCUGCUGAGCUGAAGCAGAAGAGCAUGGAGGAGAAGAACCAGCUGUUGGAGGAACAAGCCUCAGCUCUGAAGCAGCUUAUUGGAAAAAUCACACCAGCAUCUCUGAAUGGGUGAUGGCACAUCUGCAGUGGCAGCCCCUGGUGCUGGGCAGGUGCAGAAUGGGAAGUAUGGCUGGGCUGGGAAAUCAGCCUUGUCCUCUUUGGUCUUGCCAGGAUUUUCCUGUGCAGAAAAUAGCAAAUGGGGAGCCUAGAGUCCUUUGAGGAAAUGGGUCCUGUGGACAGCUGAAUUUCCCAGCUAAAGCAGCAGCCUUGGUGCCUUUCUCAGUGUGCUGUUAUGUCACGUCUGUCUCAGGGCAGCCAUCUCACAGGAUUUUCUCUGGCAGUGUUUGGUGGCCAUGCAGGUGCUCCCUCUCUGCAGAAGGCUGAUGUUGGAGCCAGUUACAUCUCGAAAGCCAGGGCCGAAGGGCUUGUAGGUCCCUGUGCCUGGCUCACUCCCAGCAGGACAGCUGAGUUGUGGCAUUAAAAUGUAAUGUUACAGCACCUCCUGCUAUCCCCAGUCUGCUCUGUAUUUCAGUAACUUUCCCCAGCUGCUGCUGGACAUUUAUUCCCAACAGCUGCUCCUAAAGCCUGAGCCUAGGAUCCAAACCCAACCAGACUGUUGCCUCUGCAGUGAGCAGGGCAGAGCAAUGCUGUAAUGCCCCAGGAAUUUAUCCUGUUCCUGCACUUGUCCCCAAUUAUUUGCUCUUUCAGCUCCAGUCUGAGAUGGGGGCUAAGCAAACCUCCAGCCUUACCUGGGGCUAAUGUUUUUGCAAGUGUUUUCCCAGACACUGAGCAGCUCCACUACGAAAACCUGACAGGGAAAGCAGCUCCUCAGCCUUGUUCUGGUUU